UAUUUUAUAUUUUUUAUCGCUACGUGUUUUAGAUAUUUUAUCUUCCUUUUUAUAGAAAUACGAAAACAGGCACGUGAUAAUCCUCGCCAGCAGGUAGUAAAUAGUUGCCGAAUUACCGUCAGCUGUGAAUAAAUUAUUGAAUGAGAUGAAUCAAUUAGCGCGUGUGUUUUUGCCAUAAAGACGCGGCAUUAUUCUCUCUCCUCUUUAAUGUAUAUGUACGACUCCAUUUUGAAUCACAUUCUUGUGCGAGUAUAUUAGAUAUUUCUCUGAACUCGAAUUGUCAAAAGUGAUCCAGGAAAUGUUUUCGAGAUAUGUCAAGAGGCUCUACCGCUUUAAUACAGACAUCGUUAAGUGCGGUGUACAUAAAUGCUCGACAAUUUCAGACAUAACGUCGCAAGAGGCGGUUGGAAAUCAUACAAAAGUACAGGGAUGGGUACGCGCACUCCGAAAGAUGAAGGAUAACAUCUUUGUUGACAUUUCCGAUGGAUCGAGCAGCGAAAUGUUACAGGUCGUUAUACCAAAGAUCCUUAAACACAAUGACGUGCGUUAUGGAUGUAGCAUUAGCGCGGAAGGAGAAUUAGCCCUGGCUCCCAGCGGUAAAACCGAAUUACGUGCGACUGACGUUCACGUAAUCGGUACGUGUAAUGUCGCAGAGGACGAAUAUCCAUUCGCACCGAGAAAGAAAUACGAUCAGGAUUACGUUAGGCAGUUCUUACACUUGAGACCAAGAACGCGUAGCUUCUCCAGUUUGUUGAGGCUGCGUGAUCUUGCCACUACGGUAAUUAGCGAUCAUUUGAGAGAUAGGGGGUUUAUAAGUGUACACACGCCAAUUCUGACAUCUAAUGAUUGUGAGGGUGCUGGCGAAGUGUUUACUGUUAGACCGCAUUCAAAGGAGAUUCUGAAAAGUAUGAGAAGGGAGGAUCAAUCGGAGGAUGAGAUUUAUUUCAAUACAACUGCUUUUCUCACUGUUUCCGGACAGUUGCAUUUAGAAGCUGUAGCAAGAGCUCUCACAAGAGUGUACACUUUUGGACCCACAUUUAGAGCAGAAAACUCUAAAUCGAGAUUACAUUUGUCAGAAUUUUAUAUGUUAGAAGGAGAGAUAGCUUUUAUUUCACGUAUUGAGGAUUUGAUAGAGGAAAUUGAGCUUUUAGUAAAAGAAGUUACUAAGCAAAUGAUUGAAAAAGGAGCCUCAGAUUUGUAUUCAGUAGGUGCCCCUGAAUUACAAUGGUUGAAUAAAACAUUUGGAUGUUUAACAUAUGAAGAGGCAUUUAAUGUUUUAAAUAGUCACACGAAUCAAUUGGAACAACCUGUUAAAUAUGGCGAGGCAUUCUCAAAAGAACACGAAUUAUUUCUAGUAGAAUAUAAUGAUGGAGUACCAAUAUUUAUUAUAAAUUGGCCAAAAGCUAUUAAACCAUUUUAUAUGAAAGAAUGUCCAGAUGAUUCAUCUAAGGUAGCAGCAUUGGAUCUGUUGGUACCGAAUGUGGGUGAAAUGAUAGGAGGCAGUAUACGUGAGGAUGAUUAUGAAAAAUUAAAGUUAAAACUACCUUCUCCAAGAAAUCUUGCGUGGUAUUUAGAAUUACGCAAAUAUGGGAAUGUACCAACAGGUGGCUUUGGAAUGGGAUUUGAAAGAUUCUUGCAAUGUGUUCUGGGAAUUAGCAAUAUCAAGGACACUGUGCCUUUUCCCAGAUGGCCGCACAAUUGCAAUUUAUGAAUAAAGAUUUCAGGGUUGU